CUGAAUUGAAAACUAUAUCCAGAAAAGUCCCGUGCUUCUAGGUGUGCAUAGAUAGUCUCAGAAAAUGGAACGAUGGCUGCUCUCACCUAAUCACGCCUGUUUGGGUGCAACAAAGAUAAUAUUUUUGCAAAAUUGGACCGAUUACACUCUACAAUUCAUCUACCUCAUCUAUAAAUUGUUUACAAUGAAGAUACUAUUGGAGAAAAGAGUUAUAACCCUAAUUUUCGCCCUAUCUCGCCAAUAAACCGGGUACCAUAAAGAUAAAAUAUUGGUGACAAUCAAACGUUAUUCCUACCCAACCACCGCUAUCUCGGUAAAUUUAUCCAGUUUCUGCCACAAGAAAUAUUCUCAAGGACCGCUCGGACCACACACGACUGGCCAAAACCCGCCAAAACCCGCUCCACCUUCACGACAGUUCCUCCUCCCGUUUGGCCCCCACGGC